AGAUAUCAAAAUGAUGUUCAACAAUUGUUGAGCAAGAAGGGCGGAACGACGUAUCGCAUAAAGCAAAGGUCUCAAAGAACACUCUCUAAAAGGUUGCAUAACGCGAUUAAACAACAGGAAUUCAAUGAAGACAGAGCGCUCAAGUACCGCUAUCCUUCUAGUGUUCUUUGCAGUACAAUGCUUACGGGCAAGUGCCUUUUCUUUGUCUUCGACCAGUCACUCGCCACAACUCCUGACGAGAUCUAGAAGCAGAAAGACUACCUCGAAUGAACUCUUCUGGACAUUGCAGGCUUCGACCGAAAACGAAGACCACAUAAAUCAAACCGGUGACUACGUCUUGCAGACAUGUUCUAAAGCGGGCUCGCGUCGUCAAUUCGUUGCUAAGGCAACAGGCACAAUAUCUUUGGCUGCCUUUGCUGGCAAUACCAUUGCAGUCGAAAGCUCUCCUAUAUGCGUCAUUGGAGCCAAUGGUCGAACAGGAAGCCAGUGUGUCCAAGCAUGUGUCGAACGAGGGAUUCCCGUCAGAGCAACCUCGCGGUCGGGUACUUACAAUGGCGACAGCUCCUCAAAGCUGGUUGCAUUGUUACCCUGUGACGUGACAAAGCCUGCAACGAUCAGUAGAGCCAUCGAGAGGUGUCAGGCCGUUAUCUUUUGUGCGUCUGCAAGUAAGAAUGGGGGAACUCCAUCCCAAGUGGACAAUGAUGGAUUGGUGAACGUCGCCAGAGCUUGUCUCGCGCAAAAGAUUCCGCACUUAGUAGUUGUCAGUUCCGGAGCGGUGACCAAGCCAAAUUCUCCAGUCUUUCAGUUUCUGAAUCUUUUCGGAAAAAUAAUGGAAGAAAAGAUCAAAGGCGAAGACGAAGUACGUAGAUUGUACUCCAUGAGCGGAAACCAGCCUAGUUUGGUGUAUACCGUGAUUCGUCCGGGAGGGUUGACGGAAGAUGCACCACGAGGUGUCACAGCUUUGGAACUGAAUCAGGGCGACACAAAAAGCGGACGGAUUGCUAGGGCUGAUGUAGCUGCGUUGUGUAUCGAAGCGACGCGCUAUCCAGGCCUAACUGGCUUUGCUACAUUUGAAUGCUAUGAUUCCGAUACGGGCAAACCCUUGUCCACCGUCGGAAUCAGCAACAUUUUGAAACAAAAAGCAGCCCCUGCAGAUUUUACGAGUGGUACGGAACAUGUUGGAGAAACGUUUGAGAAACUCUUUACGGGUCUACAACGAGACUAG